UUUAUAAGCAACAGUCAUGAUGCACGAAUAUCUAGACAUGAUGCACAGUUGCGGCUACGUCCUAGAUUGAUACCACUUCACGUGUUGAGAGGAAUUUCUGAUGUCGAGUGUACAUCGAUCCCCGUCCGGUAUCAUGACUGCGACAUCUUCUCGGCGUCCGCCAGUUUAUUGUGUUCAUCAUGGCUUCGACGGAAUCUCUGGUGUGCGACACUCUCGAUCUGAGCGGUCAGGGUCUCAAGAAGCUCAGCCGGUGCCCUUCAGACGCUGAUAUUAGUACGUUGAUUAUAGACGAUAAUGACAUACAGCGGCUUGAUAAUUUGGAUUCUUACCACAGAAUUACCAAGCUUUCAAUAGUCAGGAAUCAAUUGCUGCGGAUGUAUGGUGUAUCCAAAUUACAUAAUCUUGUUACCCUCAAUCUGGCAAAUAAUGGUAUACUCACAAUAGAAGGUAUCAAGGACAUGACUAAUUUGCAAACGCUUUGUUUAGCUGGUAACAAUAUCAAGUCUAUUGAACAUCUACAUACAAAUACCAAGUUGGAACAUCUGGAUUUAUCCGAAAAUAGCAUCAGCCAUAUUUCAGAUAUCUCUUAUCUGCGAAAUUUGAAGGAACUUUUCCUACAUAACAAUCGCAUAAUAACACUGCGUCAGUGUGAGCGCUAUUUGCCCACAUCUCUAGAAACAUUUACAUUGGCGAAUAACAAUAUUACCGACUUGAAUGAAAUGUCACACUUGGCUAAUCUCAAGAAUGUGGUGAAUUUCUCAAUUGCUAACAAUCCGUGUGUCAGUAUGACAGGUAACAUUUAUAGUGGGUUUGACUACCGGCCCUUCGUUAUUAAUUGGUGUAUGAGCUUAAAAUCGAUCGACGGUUAUGCAGUUGAUCCUAUUGAAAGCUUGAAAGCAGAGUGGCUAUAUUCUCAGGGACGAGGUAGGCAAUUCCGCGUUGGUGAACACGCAUUGCUCGCUCAAUAUCUAGCGUCCGUCUGUCCGCUCUCGGGAGAAUCUUUAGAGAAUGAGACGGACAGGAAGCUUAGACUCAUACUGAGCAAAGCUCAGCACCACCAACAGCAAUUGAAUCAACAGAGCGAUGCCGGGAGCGUGCACAGCUUGAGUAGCGUGGCGAUGAGCCCUUCCCCAGCCGCUAGACGUAGACUUAGCCAUAACAGGACAAAUUCUCCCAGACGACCUAUGCCAAUGUUGACAUACUAUGAAGAUAAAUGCUUACAGUCACCAAAAUUUUAUGAAGCAAAGUACUGUGUCUGCUAUUCCCCUUGCAAAGGUUCAUCAAGAAAUUUGAAAAUGAAGUCACCGGACCGAAUGGUAUCCAGCUGUCAUACCGAUGCUAUGGUAUCCUCGUGUCAUGCGUUGUUGAGUGGAGACCACGAAUCCAACCUGAUGACCCAAAGCUUGGAUCCUAACAUGCUCUGUGGCACGUUGAGCAACAAGAUGGCAAAUAACUCUCUGCAAGAUAUGGAAGAAACUUCGAGUCCUUUGCAAGCAGCUACAAAACUGGUGCCGGUGCCGGAGUCUCUGAUGAGCCCGGACUUUCGUCCACCCUCCGGCCUUUCACGAAUUUUGCCCAAAACGCCGCCGAGUAAACUAAGCUCCCCAUGCCAAGUCACAAUACCCAGCAAGCCGUCUCUCGACGGUGACGGGAAGGCGAUACCGAUCAUAAACACCGUGAAUCCUAUGGCGAAAACGAGCCUAAGCGCUAUCAAAGCGAACGCGCUCAUGAAGAGCAAUUCCGCAACGAAUUGCAGCAGCGUCGUCAAGGCGAAUAUAGCCAAGCCGAUCGUGACAUACGCCAACAGCGGCAAGUGUCCGCACAGCGUGAAGAUCAACAAUUACGUUCAGAGCAAAACGUUGCCCGUGAAAAGGAGUAUGAAGGGCUCCAAUUUAGUGAGGAUUAUACAGCGACCGAAAAGCGCGGGCGAGAGGGUCAAGAGUAAUUUGAAUAAGGGGGACAAAAACGGGGAAGCUGAUAAUGGUACUCAGAGUAGCGACGAGGACAGCGAAGUGUGUCAAGCAAAGUUGGACAGCAUUCGGCACAGAGCUAUUCAAAGAAGGCAGGAAGACAGCAACAAAGAUCAAGAUCAAGCGGAGAAGGCUGCUAUCUGCAUCCAAAGAAUGUGGCGAGGCUAUCAUACGAGGAACCUCAAUAGCAAAGCUACUAAUAUAUUAAAAACGAUCGAUAUGAUCCGAACGAAUAAAUACAUCCAGAAAUUAUCGACCGACAUGGAGGCCACGAGAACCGCUUUGGAAAGCGAGCAUAAGUUGCAAUUAUUGCAGAUGCAGGCGAUUAAUGCGCUGUGGAAGAAAGUCGUGAGUCUCCAACCGGGUAGCAAUCGAGAGAACGCUUUCAACGAUACGGACAAUGCUUUGCAACCAAACACGGACGUGGUUACCAAUCUCGCGCAAACGUGCAACUUACUUCACACUCAGGUCCAACAAUUGCAAGAUUCGAUGUCGGAGAUAAAACGUUGCAUGUCCAACAUGAAACCGAAGCCCGAUCUCGUGGAUAACGGUGUGGCUACUCAGACCGAGAUAUCCGCUGUGCAUACACCGGCGGGCGAAGAAAACACGUUCCCGUAUGGGCGUCCGAACAGACCGCAGAGUCUAGCGAUACAUCAGACGAUACACGAAGGAAACGAGAAUAAGAGUUUCGCAUCGAACUUGGUAGACAGCGUGCUGAAGAAGGUCUCGCAGUCUACCGAUACGACGGAUGAUGAGGUCAACACGGAUAUCUUGAAUUCGAAUGAGAAUCCGGAGGUAUUGAAUUCGAACGAUCCUGAGAUGUUCAAGAGUUGCGAAGAAAUAAUAGAGUCCGACUUUAAGGAGGCAGUUGAGAACGAGGCGACGGACGACUACGAAAAAAUCAUCGAGAACGCGGCGAUAGACGGCGAGGUGUGCGAGGAAGCGUUGUGCAAGGAGCUGCACAAUCUGAUUGAGACGGAAAACGUAGCGGAGGAUUGUGAGAACUGCGAGAAAAGUAACGACGUGAACGAGGACGAGCAAGAGACCUGUUAGAUUUGAUUGUUACGAGUUCGCAAAACCCAUAUGCCUUGUGAGUAACACAAUCACGAUAAGACGGUAAAAUGCGAGGAGAGAUGGAGGUUGUCUAAAAAAAAUGCUCACUGUAAAUAACGUGAAAAAGAAAUAAUUUUAGUCGUAACGAUAUUAGAAAAACGGUGUUAAUUUUAAUCGUGAGCCAUUUUGUUACGAAAGGGAUAUUUUCAUCAGAAAUAAUAAGCUGCCAUUCUGUCCGAAUGAAGUGUCCGCGUGAUUCAAAUGUGAGAGAGAAAGAGAUCUUUACGGUGAACGGAGUUUUGUCAAUGACUGUGAAACGUCUGAGCUAUUUUGCGCAACUCUUUGUUAUGUUAUAUGGUAAACUGUGUGUGUCAUCAUUAAUAAGGAAUUCCGGAAAUUUUCCGUCCAUAUGUCCUGUCGGCUGUUGGCAAUAGAGCGUUACAGAAGCACGUGCAUUCACGUGAAGCAUAGCAUGUAUUUUACCGAACUGACCGUUAGAGAAUCGUUUUCGAGAAAACGUUCCGCCAGUUUUGGCCAUUGCUCCUCGACAUGAUUUCUCACUACUUCGGAAAAGCACAUCUUACAUCCCAAAGAAGGCUGACUAACGUUGGUUCUCAGAUCAAAGUAUCUGCACAAGAUAUGUAUUUGUUAUCCAUGAGACGCGUUUGUAAUGCCCUUCCAGUUUUUAAUUCCUUAGUUCUUUCAAUAACACUUUACACAUAUGCGUUUUUAGUAAUUGUUUAUUUAUUUACUUAUUUAUUUAUUUAUUUGUCUAUAUGGAAGAAGAAACAUUAGUUUUAAUAGAUACAGAAGAUAUUCAAGUAUUAGAAAAGAUACCAGAAGUAUGAUCUAGUCAAUAGCUUUUACAUUUAGGUACACUGUAGAUAUUUACUCGAAGAUUGUUAUGUAGAUAUUACUCAACUUUAUGAAAUAAACAUUGUGAGAGACUUUCAUUAAAAGUAUGCGUAUUACGCCAUUAAAAAUCACGAUUUUUAAACCACUAGAACUGAAGAAGCGUGACGUUACGUUUCUGUAACUAUUGAUAUUUGCAUACGACAAAUAAGUGUUGAAUGAUUAAUUUAAUAACCCAUAAAUACAUACAGGCGAGCUUACUAAAUUGACACUGUGUAUUGACGCUGCAACAUAUUCUACUACUAAUGGUAUUUAAAUGGCAAACAUUUUUUAAAUAAUUCAGAAUAUGUCAGUGAACGGCAAGAUAAACAUUCCAUGCGUAUUUAACGUAACUUUUAAGACAUUCGUAGAAAUGUUUGCUUUAGCCAGAAAAUACGCUUAAGCUUAAAUUUAUAUUCUUCAUUCUUGUGAUUUUUCCAAGGAACACAUGUGAACGUGAUACAAACCAAAAUAAUUAUAGUUAAUAACAGAAAUUACAAGUUGAGUAAACUCACUCGUAAAACAGGAAUGUAUUCAUAGCAUUGUAUUUAUAUUUUACAUUCCCUAACUACCCGUAAUUUAUGCGGUUUGGUAUCUUAUGAAAAACAGUAUACGUCGAAUUCAUUGUAUUUUUCCAUUGUAUUUUAAAUUCAGUAAAUAUUUUCAUUGUAUUUUUAAU